AGCUAAAAUCAUCAAUAUUUGAUGACUGCAAGAAAGAGGAAGAAUGGAAGAUAAUUGUUUUAGAUGAUUACACUACUAAACUACUGUCUCUGUGCUGUAAAAUGACUGAUUUGCUGGCAGAGGGUAUCACAGUUGUGGAGAACAUAUAUAAAAACCGUGAGCCUGUCCCACACAUGAAAGCAAUUUAUUUCAUAACGCCAACCAAAAAGUCUGUAGAUGGACUUAUUGAUGACUUCAUCAGUAAAUCAUCUCGCAGAUACAAAGCAGCGUACGUCUACUUCACUGACUCUUGUCCUGACAAUCUUUUCAAUAAAAUGAAGUCUUCCUGCUCAAAAUCAAUAAGGAGAUGCAAGGAAAUCAGCAUUUCCUUCUUCCCGUAUGAGUCUCAGGUGUUUACUCUCAAUGUCCCGGAUGCCUUCUACCGCUGUUAUAGUCCAACUUUGGAAAAGACGAAGGAUAAAGACUCUGUAAUGGAAGUUAUGGCUGAACAGAUUGUUACGUUAUGUGCCACUCUAGAAGAGAAUCCAGGAGUACGAUAUAAAAGCAAACCACUGGAUAAUGCCAGCAAACUUGCACAACUUGUUGAAAAAGGUCUUGAAAACUACUAUAAAACUGAUGAGAAAAGCCAAGUAAAGGCUAAAACCCACUCCCAACUAUUAAUAAUUGAUCGUGGCUUUGACCCAGUAUCAACUGUACUUCAUGAGCUCACUUUCCAGGCAAUGGCAUAUGAUCUGCUACCAAUUGAAAAUGAUACUUACAAAUACAAAACAGAUGGAUCUGCUGGGAAGGAAAAGGAGGCAAUUCUGGAGGAAGAUGAUGAGCUCUGGGUGAAGAUUCGACACAAACAUAUUGCAGAAGUGAUAGAAGAAAUACCAAAACUUUUUAAAGAAAUUUCAUCCAAAAAAAAGGCAACAGAAGGAAAGUUAUCACUAUCAGGUCUGGCCCAGUUAAUGAAAAAGAUGCCGCACUUCCGUAAACAGAUUACUAGGCAAGUUGUCCACCUUAACAUAGCAGAAGAUUGCAUGAGCAAGUUCAAACCUAACGUAGAAAGGCUUUGCAAAAUUGAACAGGACUUGGCUCUUGGAACUGAUGCAGAAGGUCAGAAAGUGAAAGACUCGAUGAGAGUCCUCCUUCCAGUUCUGCUCAGCAAAAGUCAUGACAAUUAUGAUAAAAUUAGAGCUAUUCUUCUGUAUAUCUUUAGCGCAAACGGAACUACCCAGGAGAACUUGGACAAGCUGAUCCAGAAUGUACAAAUAGAAAGUGAUAGUGACAUGAUAAGAAAUUGGGAAUACCUUGGGGUUCCUGUUCUCGCUUCAUCUGCUUCUCAGCAACGUAAGCAGCCCAGAAGAGACCGUUCUUCAGAAGAAACUUUUCAACUUUCUAGGUGGAUACCUGUUAUGAAAGACAUUAUGGAGGAUGCUAUAGAAAACAAACUAGAUUCAAAAGAAUGGCCUUAUUGUUCUGAGUGUCCUCCUACCUGGAAUGGUUCAGGAGCUGUAAGUGCUCGCCAGAAACCCAAAGCUAGUUACCAAGACGAGCGAAAAAGUAGUGCAAGACUGAUUAUAUUUGUGAUUGGAGGCAUUACAUACUCUGAGAUGCGCAGUGCUUAUGAAGUUUCUCAAGCCUACAAGUCUUGUGAAGUUAUCAUUGGUUCUACUCAUCUUUUGACACCUAAAAGACUACUGGAUGAAGUAAAGAGCCUUAGUAAGCCAAAGGAUAUGGUCUGCAUUAGGGAUGAGUAGAAAUGCUGAUGUUCAUAAUAUAUUUGGAAAAGACAAACAGUAUGUACAUAUUCUUACGGAACUGACUUUUCCAAGUACUGUACUGCACAACUAUGUGGUUUUGACUAAUGAAUUGUCAUUUUAUAAUUUAAAUUUGCUGCUUUUUGGGGGACUAGAAGGCAGAGAGAGUAAAAAAUGAACACUUGUAUUUUUUAGAUUGUAUUUAGUAUAGGCAGUGUUAAACUGUAAAGUGCUUUUGGAAAAGGGGCAUGUUGACCCCUAACAAACUAUGCUAAGAUUUGUUACCGUGAUUGUAUAUAUACUCUAUUAGUUUUCUGAGAACUGUGAAAGCUUUAUGUAACUGGAGAGUUUAUUUCUUAACAAAUGGCUGAAAUAAAAAGGGCCUAGGUGCUUAGGUGGAGGCUUCAGAAGAAAGUUUGUAAAUAUCGUAAAAUUAUUUCACACAAGUGCAAUGGCUCUAAUUGUAACACUUCCUAGAAAAUGAUUCCCUGAACACUUUUUAAAUGUAUGUCAUCUUGUGAAAAAUCAUGAAAUGUAAUAUUUCACAUGCCUGAAAAAUCAGAAGAAGGGGUUUCAGAUGGUGGUGGGCAAGGUAGAAAGUUAAUCAUGGAAGUAGUAAGCACUUCUAAUUUCAAUAAAUGACUUUUGAGAAAAUGUUGUCAGUUUUGCGCACUGAAGUACACUUUAUAUUUAACUGCCUACAGGGAUUAUUACUAAAGCUUUUCAAAAAUAAAUACUUUAUUCCUUAUAAACUUCCUUAUGACUGAGUCUAUGUAGUUCCUUUAUUUUAUGAGAUGAGUUAACUGAACUAUUACAUCAGCUUCCAUGUCACUUUUAAU